UCCUUUUUUCUGACAGAAUUCUUCUUCUUCUUCUUCUUCUUGGAAGGUUUCAGGCUUUCAGCAACCAGGUAAUAUCAUCAUCAUCAUCAUCAUCACUUCAUCUUCUUGGAAGGCUUCAUCAACCAGGUUCUAAUCAAGGACUUUUUGAGAAGCUCCCCAUAAUGACAAUCACUGAAAACACUCAUUUCAGCCACCCACAGCACCCACUUGACCUGAAAAAUUAUCAGAAGCCUUACACCUGCGAUGGAUGCAGAGAACAAGGCUUUGGAUCAAGAUACCGAUGCGAGCUAUGCCACUACGAUCUUCACCCAGAUUGUGCCUUCACCGACUCCACCACUUCCCACAAGUUCUUCAAAGCACGCACCUUCAAAUUCUUGGACCAACGUCCGGGAAAAUGCUGUAAUUCCCACUGCAAAGACUGCAUGAGAUACUGUGAUGCCUGCGGGAAGCCAAUACAUGGCUUUGUGUACCACUGCAAGGAGAAGGGCUGGGAUUUGCACCCAUGCUGCCGCAAUCUUACGAAUGAAUUAGACAUAGACGGCAUUAAAUUUCACCUCCGUGGGACGGUUUCUUCAAAGUGCAUAUGGUGCAAUCAGAGAAACCCUCCAGGCAGUGUUUCGGGCAUUCGGGGUUGGUCCUAUGUCUCCAAGUGCAAAAACUACCGUUUCCAUGUGUACUGCGCAACAGAAAUGGUGAAUCAAGUCUGGAAGAAUGGGGGUAGUAAGGAUAGUAAUGAAUGUCUGUCAAUAGAGAAUGUGAAGCUUCCUCUUCCGGUUUCUUUGAAUAGAAGUGGUGGGAGUGGUAGCAAUUCUUUUAUGAGGAUAGUGAAGGUAUUUCUCAAGACAAUUGCUGGUAUUCUUUUGGGAGAUCCAACCAUAACUCUUACUUCUCUCUUCGUGGAAUUGGUCUUUAAGGAAUGAUUAUUUGGCUCGUUGUGGUCCGUCUCUCUUUCUUGGUACAUUCCUCAAUUAAUCCUACCUCUUUUAUCAUAAUUUUAUCACUUCAUUAAGUUCAUAGAUAGUGAUUAAUUAAAGAAAGAAAUCACUAUAUAGAGAAGUGAUAAAAAUAGUAUAAGAUAAAAGAGAUGAAUAAAAGAAUACUUUCCACUUCAAUUUUUGUUAUUUCCUAUGCAACCCAUGAAUGUCUCAUAAAAGAGCUUCGUGUUAUCUUCUCUUGUAAUCCUAUUUCGCAGUGUUUGGCCUGUAUUGUAUCUCUUGAAGAACUUCCAUGAAUUCAUGAACUUUUCUGAUCUAUC